AUGCGGGAGCCAUACUUGCUCGGGUACGCCGCGCACGACUUCGGCGCCCCGGAGCCGAGCGCCGAGAAUUUCCCCCGCGUCACGUCAGCCGAGCAGGGCCCCCCCCAGGAGACGGCCGCGUCGUGGAGGCCCCGCACGCUGGCCUACGAGUGGGCGAGAGCGUUCCACCACGGCAGCGAACUCCACGGCGGGGCGGGCGCGGGCGGGGAGUUCCAGAGCUACUGGUACAUGGCCCUGCUGCCUUCCGACGGCCUCUGCGGCGAGCAGGAGGCGGCGCAGCGCCGCGGGCCCAGCCGGGGCUCUGGGCUGGCCCUCGGCGCCCAGUGGUGGCUCCUGGCCGGGAUUGCCGCCGCGGCCGUCGCGCUCACGGGGAUUGCUGGCGCGGCCCUCGCCAGCCGGCCCCGGCCGCAGCAGAGCGGCGCGUGCUGCGCGGAGCCCCGGGCCAGGUGUCUCGCCUGCCAGCGCGAGGUGUCCGUGGCCUCCUACUGCGGCGAGCUGAACGGCUCGAGCGCCGAGGACGGGCAGGUGGGCUGCGAUGACGUCUGCAGCGAGUCCGCCGAGAGCGUCAUCACCGACGCCCGGGAGGUGGAGGACGUGCUCAGCCGGGAAGGCUGCUGCGCAGCGUGCACCGCUGACGCCGGCUGCAUUUCCUGGCACUUCGGAUAUGUACCGGACGCACCGUACAAGCUGAAGUACCGCAACGGGCACCUGCCGAGGUGCUGGGUCCGCCGGAGGAACACCACCGGCGAAACCCACGACCGAGGUGGGCCGUACACGCUCUUCUGCUUGUCCGUCCUGCUGCCGUGCGGUGCAAACACCGAGCUGCUUAGAAUGCAGGUGGACCUCAACUACAGCAUAUUCGGCUGCGACGCCUUCGCCGUCUACGGCGACACCGCCGCCGACCUCGGCAGAGGCGUCACAGCCGAGGUGUUCUCCCUGGACCUGGGCUGCCCAGACGGAGACGAGCUGGUAGGCGCUUCGGUUUACAAGGAAUUGUGGACGCACGUGGCCACUGAAGGCCGUUACGGUCGUUUCGAUUGGACAGUCAUGGUGGAUCCAGGAUCGGUCUUCUUCCCAGACAGGUUGCGCCUAGCACUGGCUGGCAAAGACCGACGGCGGCCAGGGCAGCCGUUAGUCAAGGACAGCCUUGAUGCGAAGGCGGCGUCUUUCCUUAGCUCCUGCGAGCAGGAGCUGAGGGGGCACCUAGUGGUCCUGUCCAGCGCGGCCGUGAAGACGCUCGCCGGGGGCCAGGACACUUGUAGCGUGCCCGCAGACGAGAGCACCUACCUGCAGUCAUGUCUGCUGGAGGUUGGGGCCUCGCAGAUCAGCGACAGGGAUGACCUGCUGGCGUCCGACGCCUGCCACACGGAGGGUUGGGCACAGUGCCAGUCCCCGCACGUCGCCUUCGCGCGCUUUGCCAGCGAGGUGGACUACAAGGCCUGCGUCGUCGAGGCGGCCAAAGCCGAGGGGGGUCGGCGGCUCUCCCUGGCCCCAGCGCCGCCUGUCCCCAAAGCGGAGAUGAAGCCGGAAUCGACAAGAGGCCACUGGCGCUGA